AUGAAUUAAUUUUGUUCUAUUCCUGAACAUGGAGUUAAUGUUGAAUUUAUAUGUUUGAAUCAAUAUUGUAGAGAUUGCAGAGUAUUUUGCUUUAAAUGUUUAUAAAGUGAAAAACACAAUUCUCAUAUGAAGGAUGUUCAUAAAUUAAGAGAUUAUGGGAAAUUAUUUGAGAAUAAAAGCAAUACUAUAUUUGAAGAUAUUGAGAGAAACAUAGAAUAUGUUAACACUUUAUUUAAAUGGUUAAGAGAUGAAAUGUUUAAUAAUAAUCAAUUAAGUUAAGAAGAAUUUGAAGAUUUAAGUAUUGAACAAUUACAUGAUUAUUUAAGUUCUAAAUUAUAAAUGGAAAGUUAGAAACAAUCUAUUUUAGGAAUUAUUUGUAAAAAUGUAGAUAAUUUAAUUUAAACAUUAAAUAAUUGUAUAAGUGAUUUAGAAUUAUCUUCUUUAGAUAGUCCUAAUAAAAAGAUAAAAGGAGAAUUAAGUACAAUAAAUUAUGAAUUGAUCAAUUCAACUGAAGAAUAAUAAAUAAAUUCAAUAGCAUUUAAUAUGGAAUCUACUAUAAUGAUAGCUGGAUAUGAAUCAAGUACAAUUAAAGUAUUUGAUUUCAUAGAUGGUGAAGUAAAAUUAAAUUAAGAAAUUAACCUUCAUAAAAAGAGUAUUUAUUGUGUAUAUCACAUGAAAAAGACUAAAGAAUUUAUAUCAGGUAGUUGUGAUAAAACAAUAAUUGUAUUUUAAUAUAGUGAUGAUUAAUAAUGGCAUUUAAAAUAAUAAUUGGAAGAACAUUAAGGAGGAGUAAAUUGUUUAAUAGUAAAUAGUAAAGAGGAUACAAUUAUAUCUGGUAGUGAUGAUACACUUAUUAAGAUAUGGAUUAGAGAAAAUGAUUAUUGGACAUGUCAUCAAACAUUAAUUGGACAUUAACAUUAUAUUAGUUCUAUGAGUUUGAAUGUGACAGAAAACUAGAUCAUUUCUUGUUCUAAACAUCCUUAAAUAUUGAUACAUUAACAAGAAGUGAAGAGUAAGGUUUGGGUAUUAUUAUAAACUAUUAAUGUAACAACUUGGGGUAGAAGACUUUGUUUUAUAAAUGAUUCUGUAUUCACAUUUCAACCAGAAAGAAAGGAAUAAUUACAUAUCUAUGAAUUGAAUUCUAAAACUAAUUAAUUUUAAAAAACAAAGAAUAUACCAGUAGAAAUAGGAACUUGUAAAAUGAAGAGAAGAGGUUGUUUUUGGUUCUUUCCUUAAUAAUUUAUUAGUGAAAAAUAGAUAUUGGUUAAUAAGAAUGAAUGUUCAGUAAAUUUAAUUCUCUAUAAUUAAGAUGGUCAAUUUAUUACAAAAUAAUCAAUUGAUUAUUGUACAUCUGGAGUUUUUGGAAGAAUGA